AUGACCGACCGUUUACGUUUCGAUAUUGUCCUCCAACCUCAGAAAGUACCUCCUUCACAAGCCUCUGACAGCCCAUCCACUUCGCUCGAGUCUGAUUUGGCUCCGCCGCAGCCAUUCGCAUCACCUCCGGCCACUAGCUGCCCAGCCUCUACUCCUCCAACCCGACCUGGUCUGGCCGGUGAAGAGCAACCGGAGAAUGGACGAGGCGAAGUAGCUACGGCUUCUCGGCCACAUGACCGGGACCAUGAGGAGGAAGUAAAUAUGUCCGAAUCAGUGCCAGGAAGAGAAAGUGACCUCCCUGACUGGAAUGCCAUCUGUGGGCCAGCAACUGGUCUGGUGCGGAGAGCAAGUGAAGCGCAAAUUCAGCUCACAGCUCCGUAA